AUGAAAUUGGUUUUCAUAGUUUCUGUUUCGAAAUACAAUGUGCAAAGGAACACCAAUCAAUAUACUAUUUCCAGGAUUAGUGAUGAUGAGAUAUUGAUUGAGGAGUUGGAAAAAAAGUUUGUCGUUGCAGAGGAAGUUAAUUCACAAUCAUUUGAACAUGGUACCACUGAUUGUGAAUCUCAAGAUAACAUAUUUAUAAAGGAUACCAUAUCUCAUACUGAUGAUAAUGUGACACCAAUGAAUGUUUUCAAAUCGACAACCACAAGCCCAAAAAAAAUUUAA